CAGCUCCCAGUUCACUGUAGCUCCUCUGCCAGACAGCACUCACCCAUCCACCAUCACACACACUCAAACACAUUCAACCCUCACUAUAAGACAGCUGACAACACAUUUUCAUUUUCUCAGCAGCAGCAGCCUCACACAGCCAGAUCCAAAAAAAAGAGAAGAAAAAUCCUCUGCUCGAUUUGAACGGCACACGCACCAGCUCGGAGGAGGCUGGGUCGAGGCUGGAGAGGGUGACUGGAGAAUGGAAUGGAACCUCAGAAGGAUGGAAAGUGAACUCAGGCACAUCAACCCGGACCUGCUGCAGCCCAGCAAGAGCUUCAAGAAGCCCUCUUCAGGGACCAUCACCCUCAACGUUGGGGGGUUCCUGUACACGGCCCACCGGACCACCCUUGCCAAGCACUUGGGUACCUUUCUGGAAGAGCUGGCCAACGGUAAGAAGCCGGUCCAGCACACAGAUUCCAUGGGCAACCCGUUCAUCGAUAGAGAUGGUCCAGUUUUUCGCCAUGUGCUCAACUACCUCCGAACCGGAGAGCUCCAGCUGCCCGAUGACUUCCGGGAGGCAGGACUCCUGCGACGGGAGGCUGAUUUUUACCGUCUGAGUGAACUGGUGGAAGCUGUGAUCGAGUGGGAAAGUCAGAGGGCGGCCCAGCGUGAAGCCGCCUUUUUGGAGAUGACAGAUAGCCAUGAGCGGUCACAGGGCCUCAAGGUGUACUGCAGCGACCACGCCUUCAUCGACAAGGUGAAAGCGCGGCUGGUGCAGAUCUCCAAGAGUCGCCUGGACGGCUUUCCAGAAGAAUUUGUGGUGUCGUCCAACGUGAUCCAGUUCCGACACUUCAUCAAGUCGGAGCCGGGCUCGCGGCUCGUGCUGAAGGAGGACAGCACAUUCUUGUGCACACUUGACUGUCUGAAACUAGAGACAGUGAUGCUCGCACUGAGAUCAGGCUUCAAGCUGGUCACCAGCCUCGACAGCAGCAAAGGCUCUGUGGUGGCGGCCGAGGCCCUGCACUUCGUCAAGUAGGAUGGAGGGAAACAGAGGGAAGUGCGGGGGGUGAUAGAGGGAAAAGAGUAGUGCCUGAUUCCAUAUCCACCCCGCUAAUGUAAGGUAUUGACUUGAAUAUCUUCUAACAUGUGCUGAGCUGUAAUGUGUCAUUGGGUGGGAGAAGGAGAACGGGUGGGUUGGACUGUCUCACAGGACAGUGUUUAUAUCUUUACUGCACAAUGCUGGCUUACAAAGAAAGGAUUUGGCAACAUUUGGGUGAUUCUGUUAUCUGCAGAAUGGCAUUUUGGCAUCAACCUUUACACUGCUUUGCAAGCAUUUAUAUAAUUCAGAAUGAUUCCAUGGGCAAAUUAGCAUUUAUGAUUUUAGAAAUUGCAUUUGAGUACAUAGCACACAAAAACUAAACUUUGUAAUGUGGGAGACAAGCAGUGAUCAACCGGGGGGGGGGGAUCAAACUGAGAGUCUGAACACCGACAGCUUUAUCAGUGGAUCUGUCUCUGCACAAGAACUGCUUCUGCUGCUUUGUCAACGGUUGCAAAAGCCUUCAAACCCAGCCGUGGUGUGCACUGUUGUGCCACUCAGCUUUUACUACAGCCUGUGUGUGUGUGUGUGUGUGUGUAUGUUAUACACUGUGUGUGCUGUGUUUAGUUGGUUUAAUAGCUUGUGUUUAGUUUAUUAGCCUCUCUGGAGCCUGAGGGGUAAACUGCAGCGCAUUAUGGUAGUGUUUUGGAUGGACAUACCAACUUCCCAUCCAAAAUCAAACUGAAGCAGCAUAAACUGUUUCUCAGAUCAUGUCAACAAGUUGAGUUUAAGUGCAAAGAACCAUGAUUGUUGUAAGGGCUUUGAAUCUAGCAUGAUGCAUGUGCACUAAAUGAACGGUGUGUUUGUUGGUGCUGUGAGCCUCUGUGAAGUCACAACAAUGCCUAUUACUUUUCAAUGUGAUAAUUUUACAAAUAAAAGUGACACUGAAACUAUUG